AUGUCUGGUCACCCACCGGCCUUCCCGACAACCGGGUCGUCGGGUCACCAAUCGCCACGUUAUGGAGCGGUCACGCCCAAUCGUGGCGACACGGUUAGGUCGAGAAAUGGCGAAUCUCCGGCCCGACAACAUGGUUCUUUAGAUCGACGGAGUAGGAGGAAUUCCGGGAACACCCAACUCCACCCCAGUGGCAUGGGAUCCUCUCGACUGUCCCCUGGUCCCAGCAUUUAUCGAACCAUGCCUUUAACCCAAUCAUCAUCAAGUGGCAAAAUUGCUCCCGGCCGCCAAACACCCGGAAGGAACACCCCUUCACAUUUGGUCCGACCAAUACCUCAAAAUGCGAGUCAUGGCGGGGGGCAUCAUCCGCAAAUCCCGGGACAUCGGGGCAUGAGCCCCUUUUCGCCCGUAAUGGUACCAAAGAUCAACCAAUCACCGGCAAUGUCUCCAGUCCCAUUUUCCCCCAUCACCGUUCCAAGACAACAACUUCCGUUUUAUGACUACCACCCCAGUGUCCAGCAUAUGUCGACCAGUUCCGUCAGCCCUGCUGUGGCAGAAAUUGUGGCUAAUCAAAGCCAGGACUACAUUGACGAACAACUGGCCGAGUUCCAAACUCAGAUACAAAUUCUACAAGGUAAGGCAUGA